UGAUUAAAGUGACGUCACCGGGGGGGGGGGUGCUGCCUGAUAGCAUCCACGUGUUAACAUUAAAACGGCGCACUUGCGGCUAAAUAUAACUUUUCCUAGCGCGGAUAUUUAUUUCUUCUGUAUGCCCACGCGUGACCAGCGUGAUAAUUUGUGUCAAUAUGAGCAACAUCCUGCUCGUUCACAGCCUGGUCACAUUCCUCAGACGCGGACGUGUCGUUGGCAACAAAGUUUGGGACAAGUCGACCCUUCAGAGCGCUAAACUUUUCAGUGUCAAGGCCCAGACGGCCCACUUGAUCUUGGAAGAUGGCACCAAGAUCAAGGGGUUUUCCUUUGGCGACCAUGCUUCUGUAGCUGGAGAACUGGUCUUCAAUACCGGCCUUGUCGGGUAUCCCGAGGCCUUGACAGACCCCAGCUACAGGGGUCAGAUCCUGACGUUGACCUACCCUAUUGUAGGAAACUACGGGGUACCGAACACGCAAGAGCUGGAUGAACUUGGUCUGAGGAAACAUGUGGAGUCUGAUCGCAUCCAGGUAUCUGGUCUCCUGGUUCAGGACUACAGUCAGGAGUACAGCCACUGGAACUCUGUCAAGUCUCUGGGUCAGUGGCUACAAGAGGAGAAGGUUCCCGCGCUCUUUGGGAUCGACACCAGGAUGUUGACUAAGAUCAUCAGAGACAAGGGCACUGUUCUGGGGAAGAUUGAGUUUGACGGGCAACCUGUUGAGAUGUCAGAUCCCAACCGAACUAACCUGGUGGCAGAUGUGUCCACAAAAGGAACUCAAGUUUUCGGGAGAGGAAAUCCUGUCAAAGUGGUGGCAGUUGAUUGCGGAAUAAAGCACAACAUCAUUCGCCUGCUCGUUAAGCGAGGUGCAGAGGUCCACCUGGUGCCCUGGGACCAGGACUUGCUGAGUCUGAACUAUGACGGCCUGUUCAUCUCCAAUGGACCAGGGGAUCCGUCUCUCGCUCAGACACUCAUCCAGAAUGUCCGCAAGGUUUUGCAGAGUGCUCGCCCCGAGCCGGUGUUUGGAAUCUGCAUGGGCAAUCAGAUCACUGCCCUCGCUGCUGGAGCAAAGUCUUACAAGCUACCGAUGGGCAACAGAGGCCAGAAUCAGCCGGUACUGAAUCUGAUGACCGGCCAGGCCUUCAUUACGGCCCAGAACCACGGCUACGGCAUAGACAGCGAGUCCCUUCCCCCAGGAUGGAGCCCGCUUUUCAUCAACGCCAAUGAUGGCACAAAUGAGGGCAUCAUGCACAACACUAAACCUAUUUUCACGGCUCAGUUCCACCCAGAGGCCAAAGGAGGCCCCACCGACACCGAGUUCCUCUUCGACACCUUCAUGGCCUUGAUCCAAAAAGGACAGGAUGCCAACAUAGCGUCCGUCAUGCCCAAGAAACCGUACAUCCCUCCCAGAGUGCAGGUGUCCAAGGUGUUGGUACUGGGCUCUGGUGGGCUGUCUAUUGGCCAGGCUGGAGAGUUUGACUACUCUGGAUCUCAGGCCAUCAAGGCUUUGAAAGAGGAGAAUGUGAAGACCGUGCUCAUGAAUCCAAAUAUAGCUUCGGUCCAGACCAAUGAAGUCGGCACCAAGCAGGCCGACUCUGUCUACUUCCUGCCUGUCACGUCGCCGUUUGUUACCGACGUGAUUAAGGCCGAGCGCCCUGAUGGCAUCCUGCUUUCCAUGGGCGGACAGACGGCUCUGAAUUGUGGAGUGGAGCUGUUUCAGCAGGGCGUUCUGGAGCGCUAUGGAGUGAAAGUCUUGGGCACACCCGUAGAGUCCAUCAUGGCCACAGAGGACAGACAAAUAUUCGCUGAAAAACUAAAGGAGAUCAACGAAAAGAUUGCGCCCAGUUUUGCUGUGGAGUCUGUGUGUGAUGCCUUGAAAGCUGCUGAGCAGAUCGGCUAUCCGGUGAUGCUGCGGUCUGCCUACGCCCUGGGAGGUCUGGGCUCUGGUCUAUGUGCCAACAAGGAUAAGCUGGAGGACACUGCCAACAAGGCUCUUGCCAUGAGUAGCCAGAUACUGGUGGAGAAGUCCUUGCUUGGUUGGAAGGAAGUGGAAUACGAGGUGGUGAGAGAUGUGGCAGAUAAUUGUGUCACCGUGUGCAAUAUGGAGAACUUCGACCCCCUGGGCAUUCAUACAGGUGACUCCAUCGUGGUGGCACCAAGCCAGACGUUGUCCAAUGAGGAGUACCACAUGCUUCGUGAAACCGCUAUCAAAGUGGUUCGUCAUCUUGGCAUCGUAGGCGAGUGCAACAUCCAGUAUGCUCUCCACCCGUCAUCCCAGGAGUACUGCAUCAUUGAGGUUAACGCCCGCCUCUCACGAAGCUCAGCCCUUGCGUCCAAAGCCACCGGAUAUCCAUUGGCGUUUGUGGCUGCUAAGCUAGCUUUGGGGAUCCCCUUACCUGACAUCAACAAUUCUGUGUGCGAGAAGACCACCGCCUGCUUUGAGCCCAGUUUAGACUACAUCGUCACCAAGAUCCCCCGCUGGGACCUGGACCGAUUUCAAGGCAUGUCUAGUGAAAUAGGUAGUGCCAUGAAGAGCGUCGGAGAGGUGAUGGCGGUGGGACGUACUUUUGAGGAGAGCAUGCAGAAGGCCCUGAGGAUGUGCCAUCCAUCGGUGGAUGGCUUUGUGCCCCGACUGCCUCUCAAAAAAGCCUGGGAAAACACCGGCUGCAUGCAACAGGAGCUGGCUGUGCCAUCGAGCACCCGCAUUUUCUCCAUUGCCAAGGCCCUCCACUGUGGUAUGGGCGUAGAUCAGAUCCACCAGCUGACAGCCAUUGACAAGUGGUUCCUGCACAAACUCCGGAAAAUCACGCAGCUGGAGCAGCACCUUGCAAACUACAAGAGUCUUCCAGUACCCAAGGACCUCUUGCUGAAGGCCAAGCGGGACGGCUUUUCGGACCGACAGCUCGGUCAGAUUUUGGGCACUAAUGAGGUAGCAGCUCGACAGAUGAGGCUCAGUCAUGGUGUCAGGCCCUGGGUCAAGCAGAUCGAUACACUGGCAGCAGAGUAUCCUGCUAUAACCAACUACCUGUACUGCACCUACCAUGGGCUGGAGCACGACCUGGACUUUAAAGACCACGGAAUUAUGGUUCUUGGUUGUGGGCCCUAUCACAUUGGUAGCAGUGUCGAGUUCGACUGGUGUGCGGUUUCAAGCAUCCGAGCCUUGAGACAGAUGGGCAAGAAGACGGUUGUAGUCAACCACAACCCCGAGACGGUGAGCACGGAUUUCGACGAAUGUGACCGCCUCUACUUUGAAGAGCUGACCCUGGAGCGCGUACUGGACAUCAGCCAGCAGGAGGGUUGCACUGGCACCAUCGUGUCCGUGGGGGGCCAGAUCCCCAACAAUCUCGCCGCCCCCUUGCUGCUGCACGGGGUCAACAUUCUAGGCACGAGUCCUGUGCAGAUCGACCGUGCGGAGGAGCGCUCGGUCUUCUCCAGGAUCUUGGAUGACCUCGGCGUGGCCCAGGCCCCGUGGAAGGCCCUCAACUCCCUGGAAGACGCCUUCGUCUUUGCUAACAAGGUGGGCUACCCCUGUCUACUCCGCCCGUCCUAUGUUCUCAGUGGCUCGGCCAUGAAUGUUGCACACGGAGAGGGAGACAUGAAGCGCUUUUUGAAGGAGGCCAGCCAGGUGUCCCAGGAGCAUCCUGUCGUUAUUACCAAAUUCAUCCGUGGUGCCCGGGAGGUGGAGGUGGAUGCUGUUGCCAAAGGUGGAAAGGUACUGGUCCAUGCAAUAACGGAGCACGUAGAGGACGCCGGUGUACACUCAGGAGACGCCACGCUAAUACUGCCAACACAGACCAUUAGCCAAGGUUCCUUAGAAAAGGUCAAGUUGGCCACCCAGAAAAUAGCGAAGGCAUUCGAGAUAUCAGGGCCGUUUAACACUCAGUUUUUGGUGAAAGGCAACGACGUCAUGGUGAUCGAGUGUAACCUGCGGGCAUCACGCUCCUUCCCCUUUGUCUCAAAAACACUGGGUGUGGACUUCAUAAAUGUAGCCACCAAAGUCAUGGUGGGAGAGCCUUUGGACGAGGCCAGUCUGCCGUCGCUCCAGAAACCCAUCAUUCCUGUAGACUACGUGGGCAUCAAGGCACCCAUGUUCUCUUGGCCCCGCCUGAGGGAUGCGGAUCCUGUCCUUCGCUGCGAGAUGGCCUCGACCGGGGAAGUUGCCUGUUUUGGACCAAACAUUUACUCUGCUUUCCUGAAGGCUAUGCUCUCCACGGGCUUUAAGCUCCCACAGAAGGGCAUCCUAAUUGGGAUUCAGCAUUCAUUUCGACCCAGUUUCCUGGCUAUUGCGCAUCAGCUGAAGGAGGAAGGCUUCAAGCUCUAUGCCACAGAAGCCACCUCAGCCUGGCUGUGUGUGAACGAGGUGUCGGCCACUCCAGUCGCCUGGCCCACGGAGAAGGGAGGUCACACCAGUUUGCCCAGUAUCAAGAGUUUGAUCAGCGAGGGACACAUUGACCUGGUGGUCAACCUGCCCACCAACAAUACACGCCACUCGAAGGAUAACUUCCUCAUUCGCAGGAUGGCUGUAGACCAUGGCGUGCCUCUCAUCACUAACUACCAGGUGGCCAAACUGUUUGCGGAGGCAGUUUGUUAUGCGGGUGAGCUGGACUCCACCAGUCUCUUCCACUACCGGCAGAGAGAAAGCCAACACAGAGAACCCGAACAGCAAAGCUAGAAGAGAAGAAGUAUUGUACUUCUGUUUUUUUUUUUUUUUUACACGUUGUUUGUGUUAUAAUUAUCUGUCAAGAAGAUACGAUGACCAAAACAAUAACAAUUCUUGCUACUUGGGGAAAUGUUUCAAAGGGUCUUAAUAAUAAUAAGCACACAUUACUUUGCCAAGUUAUAGUCCUCUUUCAAACAGGCUCCUUGCUAACGUGUGGUCUCUUAAAAAAAACACCAUUUGUAUCUUUGUAAAUGUAUAAUAUAUCUUUAUUUUGGAAUUGUGUCUAUCAUUCACAAUCUUUAUGUAAGACAGGAACACGUAAAUAAAUGUUAGCAAAAGUCAGCUAACAAUGGAGCCAAUGAGUUGCUCUAUUCCGUUCUAAAAACAACCAAAAACCUCCAAGUAGCUGUAAGUAUAUACUGUAUGUAGUAUCUAGUAACAUUCACAAUAGCAUGUUAUAUUUACAUAUUUUGAUCAUUUUAAGUGUAUUAAUUUCACGGACGCAUCACAACGUUCACUUUCCCUUCAACAACAACAAGACUACUAAUCAUGGCAGACUUGAUGAGACAACAAAGACUACUUUGGGACAAAUGACGAUCCAGAAA